CUCACUGUGUCCUUUGUCGUACCAAGGUCGGCUAUUUUAUAUAAAUAUAUUUCUCAGAUCGAUAGAAACUCCCUAUUUUAUGUGAGGGGAGAAAAAAUCUGGUCCAUGUUUUGUAAUCUUUCUCCUUUUCUUUUUAAUCUCAUCACUGAACCAUACUAGUUUGGUUUUGGUUUUUUGUUACAUAUAUCUUAUCUCUGGACUUGUUGAAUCUCUUUGCUCUUCUUACUGGACCUGUGAAGAGAGUUUUAUUUCUGCGUUUCUAGGAGGAUCUGUCUUCAAAAAAGGGCAGGAAAGCUGUGGAUUUAUGUCGUCUGGAUUUAUUCUGGCAGUGAUUGGGGCUCCGUUGAAGCUCUCUAAAAUUUGUGUUUCUUUCUCUCUCUUUUCAAUUUUAUCUGAGAUUGUGUUCUCUGUGUUUGCCUCCUGGUGUAUGCUACCCGGCAUACUCAGUGAUAAUAGCGUGAAGCCACCUGUUUCAAUGCGAUUGAGGUCAAAAAGGACUUGUUGCGGAGUGGAGUGCUACGGCGGCUUUCAUAUACAGAGAUUUUCUUAUCUUUUCAUAUUCUUAAGAGGGGAUUUAACUUGAGAUCUCCAGAGUUUUCAUUACCUCUUUUUGUUGGCUCC